AUGUCGUUAGUAAAUUGUAUAUAUCUUUCUAUUUGUGUACAUAGGCGGACGCAAGUGACUGUUCAAAUAUUGUCAAUUCUAACGAAACUUUAUAUAAAGAAGCGCGUAUACUGAAAAGUGUAUUCUCUUUUACACGACGCAUGCCAGUUACUAUAAAACAAGCAUUGUUGUUGUUUGUCAUAUUGGUGUUGGAUACACGUGGACUAAUGAACAUAAUCUUACCAAACUUUACUGUUAUCUGUCGGAAGUAUUUAGAUUAUAAUGAGUUAUAAGGCAUUCGUCAAAUAUAUAUGUUUAAAAUGUGGAUUUGUAAGAAGUGGCUAUAGAGUAAAGCCAUCUGUGUAUUUGAUGUUAUGUGUAUUUACCCUAAUAUCUUUAAUUUAUUUCAACAACAAUUCAGCAAUGGGAUCAAGGGCCAGACUGACUAAUAGUUCCGACUCAAGAUUAUGGCAGCUUCUACGGAGCUUAGGGUCAGGUAUUGGUGUAACAACACAUGUAAAGGAUGAUAGAAAGAGAGUUAUCCUUGUCACAUAUCCUCGAGGCGGAAGUACGUUUACUGCUGAUGUUAUCCAGGCAAACAGUGAUGUUUUCUUUAUAUUUGAACCACUUUAUCCAACAUUGGUAGAAUACACGGGUAAAGAUUUACUAAUAACAGAUAAUGGUAUAAAGAAAAGAAUUAAAAGAAAUAUGACGUCAUAUACAGAAGAAGUGAAGAAAGUAAUGAAGGCGUUUUUAAACUGUGAUUCUAGCUUAUUUGACUUGCCCCUUUAUGUUUUAAAAAGUCCACUUUUACGUGUUCGUGACGAUACUUCUCCAUUAUAUGAAUGUGCAGUUAAAAUAGAAAAAUAUAACCAAACUCUUAUAUCACAUUGUGUGAAGAAAUAUAUAAAAUCAUGUGAGAAAAAAAAAAUUAUCCUUGUUAAGACAAUUCGAUAUCCAUCUGAAAUCCUAUACAAUCAAAUGAAGAACGAUCCUAAUUUGUAUGUAGUGUAUUUGAUGCGCGACCCCAGAGGUAUCAUUUCAUCCCAGAUGACAAAUUUUCAAAACUUCGAGUGGAAAAAUAUUAAUCGUGCAUCAAAAGAGAUUUGCACUUUAAUGGAGAAAGAUAUUCAAGUAAUGGAGGCUCUACAUGACCUGUAUCCAGACAGAGUUAAGUUAAUGCGAUAUGAAUCGAUAGCAUUCAAUCCUCUCGGUGGUGCUACUGAUAUUUACAAAUUUUUAGAAUUAAAUUUAACAAAAAAUGUUACAAACAUUAUAAAAAAGCACACCAAAUCCAAUGAAACGAGCUGUAGUAUUGGCUGUACUGUGCGCAAAAAUUCCAAAAGUGUACCAUAUAAAUGGCGGGUUGGUGCCAAUUUUAAAUAUAUGCAAAAAAUAGACAGAAGUUGUGGAAAUGUGUAUACCAAAAUGUGUUAUGUGCCUGUUGAUAAUAUCAAACAAUUAAAAAACGCGUCAUUUUCGUUAAUAAAACCUUGUCCAGAGUAUGGGGCUAUUAUGUAAAUGUAUGGGGGGGGGGGGGGUCUAGAACACAAAUGAUCUAACUUUUAACUUUUGCCAGUAAUAUUAAAACAUCAGGGUAUUUCGGUACCAAUUAAACACGUGAUCUCCCUUUAGUGUAUUGCAAUGGUUGUGCACCAUAUUACACGUAUUGUGAUCUAAUUACCAAUAGUUACAAUUAAUAGAUCACUUGUGUUGUAGAUGCGACCCCAUCCCAAUUGAUGUAGGAUGGGCUUCGGUUGGUUUAAAAUACCUUCCUUCUUACAUUUCUGCUGUUUCGUUUGGAUACUGGAUGCUCGAACCCUACAAUUUCGAUUGUCCACAACCUGGAAGGUGGCGGAGGGAAAUGUCGGAGAGGAAGACUUUUUACACCUAAAGACCGAGUGUUUUUGUGUGUUCGUGGUGUACUAUUUCUUCCAUGUUUUGAGCGCCUGAGAAUUGUAUGGCGUAUCGGAAUUGGACUCUAAUUUAAUUAGACUACAAUUUCGUUUCCUUAUUUUAUUCUGAUUUCCUGAUUUUUACACCACGUUUUGAACUAUUAUACUUCAAAACGGUGUCCUGUCAGGGUUAGAUCUAUUUGAUAAGGCCAACUUCAAGUUUGGUCAAAGGUCACGAGAUGUAAACAGGGCUAGCGCUAAUCCCAAUCCUAAAACUAACCCUGGACCUGACCCUAAUGCUUACUCUAACCCUAACCUCCAAUCUCGCCAACAAUCACGUACCCUAACCUUAUUUACGUCUCAGCGACCUUGACGAAAAUUGAGCUGGCCUUAUUAGUCGUUCUGUCAGUGACAGUUCUGUGUAAAGCAACCGGUAUAUACAUAUAUACGCAAAAGGGUCACAGAAUCGCCCUCACGUGCACUUAGAUUUUAAAAUUCUCAUAAUUCACGUAGGCAUGUAUGCCAACUGAUAAGUUCAUGAGUCAGUAAGAUCACUCGAUUUGGACACUCGGCACACCUCUACAUCGAGCCUCGGCUGUAUGACGGUAUGUGAUAUUGUACCUACGCCUAUACAAUUGCGAUGCGGCACCGGUUUACUUAUUAGGAAAACAUGCCGCUUUUAAAAAGAGAUUAUUAAAAUUGCGUCGUUCGAAGCGUGUGUAGAAUAUUUAGUGCAAAGUUG